CCGGACAUUGGGAACCCACACGCAUGAGUCGGCGAGUAUCACGAGUCAUUGACGUGUUGACGGAGUUGAUAACGAGCCGGGGGCAGUUGGGGUAGGUAACCCGGCAGUUGCGAUGGAGUCUAUCAGCGGAGGGACAUUUGGAGGUUACGAGUAAAAGGGUCAGCGACACCGCGCCGCUUGCACCAACGUACCAACAAACUUUACUGCAUCCUUCACAGAUCUAUCAAAAUGUCCCGAGCUGUCGAUGUACUUCUCGCUCCCGCGGAAGGCCGUUCAAUGAAAGUUAUUGGACUCGGUCCUAGCCGUACUGGAACUCUCGGAUUAUGGCAAGCAUUGAAGACUUUGGGUUACACCCCCUUCCAUAUCUCAGAGCUCUUGCCGUAUGGCUUCCAGCAAAUGAGGGCACUUCAAGAGGCUAUCAUCGCCAAUGACAGCGACAACCCAUUUCAACGGGCCGAAUUUGACAAGCUCUUCGCCGGUUACGACUGUAUUGUCGAAAGCCCUUGCUAUCUUUGUCCAAACAUCAUCAAAGAGUACUUGGAAGACCCAGAUGUCAAGUUCAUCUUGACAGAGCGUACACCAGAGUCUUGGGCUAAAUCAAUUGCGGGAUCCCUCGGGGCCUACCAUGCAAAGCUCGCGAAGCCGCCUUUGUCAAUCGCUAGGUACUUUGACAGUUUCAUCUGGGAGCUGACUGCGCUGUUCAAAGCCAUGACGCACAGAUGGUCUGGUGGACUGGAGCCCAGUGACCCUGGUUUCAAUGAAGCGCUGUCCAAGAGCUAUGUUGAGUACCUAGAGAGCGUAAAAGCUCUUGUGCCUGCUGACAAGCUUCUGGUCUUGAAUCUUGAAAAGGGAUUCGGCUGGGAAGAGAUCUGCAUAUUCUUGGGGAAAGACGUUCCGGAGGAACCAUACCCGCUCAUCAAUGCCAUGUCAGACUUCCAUGUUGCCGCAGAGAUGGUGGUAUCUCCCGCAAUCAAGAAGACGAUGCGGAUUCUCACGUCGUCAGCAGUUGCCAUUGCUGGUGUCGGUAUUUGGUAUUGGCAAAGGAGGAGGUAGCGCUAGGGGUCUAAACCCGAAAAAUCAUUUGCAACAAUUUUGUAGUCAUAAAUGCUUCAAC